CCGAUCGCACAGUUAAGUCCGAGACGGAGACGUGUCCGCACCUCGAUUUUGGUUUAUGUCGGCUAACGAAAUGGCGUUUGUGAAAAUUUGCAUAUUUGCUUUGGCUUUGGCCGUGGGUCUGACCGCAACCCUUGCCCAGGAGAAACGAAUCGGCUUCCGUGGGAGCAACAGCCAGUUCCGCGUGGGUCCCGGCCAUCCCCCCUCCCAGCGGCACCUGCCUCCCCGCGACCGUGAUCCCGUCCAGGAGGCCUCGGUGGUGCCCAAGAGCAAGCAGACGGCCGCGGAGAGGGAGUACGAGCCGACCGAGGAGUGCCCCGAGCCCAAUGGCUUCUAUCCGGACAGCAAGCAGUGCGACAAGUACUACGCCUGUCUAGAUGGCGUGCCCACGGAGCGCCUGUGUGCCGACGGGAUGGUCUUCAACGACUACACACCCAUCGAGGAGAAGUGCGAUCUGCCCUACAACAUCGACUGCAUGAAGCGGACCAAGCUACAAACGCCGCAACCAUCGCUCCACUGUCCCCGGAAGAACGGAUACUUCGGGCACGAGAAGCCCGGCAUCUGCGACAAGUUCUACUUCUGCGUGGACGGGCAGUUCAACAUGAUCACCUGUCCGGCGGGUCUGGUCUUCAAUCCCAAGACGGGCAUCUGCGGCUGGCCGGACCAGGUGGGCGUCACCGGGUGCAAGUCGGAGGACAUCUUCCAGUUCGAGUGCCCCAAGGUCAACGAGAGCAUCGCGGUCACCCAUCCCCGCUACGCCGAUCCCGAGGACUGCCAGUUCUUCUAUGUCUGCGUCAACGGAGAUCUCCCCCGGCGAAAUGGAUGCAAGCUGGGCCAGGUGUUCGACGAGGAUAAGGAAACCUGCGACUGGGCCCGCAAGGUGCCCGACUGUGCUGACUGGUACAAGGAUCGCCUGACCGACAAGGAGCUGGAUGAGCUGGAGAACCCCAAGCCCAAGACCACGACCACGAAGAGGCCGGCCCGAGUGCGCGGACAAUUGAGACGCAAGCCGCAGCCGAAGCGAGUGGAGCCGGAGGAGGAGAAGGAGGAGGAGUCCUGAUUCCCGACUGUAUUAGCCUUAAGUGAAUCCCACUGAUUGUCGCCAUUAAAAGCGUGCAGGAGGUCUAACUAUC